AUGGACGAUUCAAGCGUCUCAAGCAAACAGCCAUUAUUCUCCCGCGAGCUCGAAGACGAGCAAGACGAGUACUCGUUCAGCCCGAGCACCUCCGACUCCAGCCCCACGGACCCUUCCCCACAGCGCAACUCCUCCGCGUGGGACAUCCAAUCAUCUUCCUCCAUCUGCUCCUCCCCGUGGACCUCGUCCCACAUGGACCACCCGUACUCCUACAACGGCCUCAUGGGCUCCCUCGUCCGCGAAGAGGGCCACAUAUAUUCCCUAGCAGCGGCCGGGGACCUCCUCUUCACGGGCUCCGACAGCAAGAACAUCCGCGUGUGGAAGAAUCAGAAGGAGUUCUCAAGUUUUAGGUCGAAUUCGGGGCUCGUGAAGGCGAUCAUAAUUGCGGACCAGCGGAUCUUCUCCGGCCACCAGGACGGGAAGAUCCGCGUCUGGAAGAAGUCGGGGAAGGAUCCGAGCCUGUACAAGCGGAUCGGAACCCUGCCGACGCUUAAGGCAAAGGUGAAGAAGUCGCUGAAGCCUAGCAAUUACGUGGAGGUGAAGAAGAGCCACAACACGAUAUGGAUCAAGCACAUCGACGCCAUCUCGUCUCUCAGCUUGAGCGAGGACAAGUCGAUCCUCUACUCCGCGUCGUGGGAUAAGACGAUCAAGGUGUGGCGCGUGGUUGAUUCGAAAUGCCUGGAGUCGAUCAGCGCGCAUGAUGACGCGGUGAACUCGGUGGUGGCCGGAUUCGACGGUUUGGUGUUCAGCGGGUCUGCGGACGGGACCGUCAAGGUGUGGCGGCGGGAGAUGCAAGGGAAGGGGACGAAGCACUACUUCUCGCAGACGUUACUGAAGCAGGAGUGCGCCGUGACGUCGUUGGCCGUGAACACGUCCUCCACCGUGCUCUACAGCGGGUCGUCGGACGGGCAGGUGAACUUCUGGGAGCGAGACAAGUGCCUCUCGCACGGAGGAUACUUCCUCGGUCACAAGCUUGCAGUGCUGUGCCUCGCGACGUCGGGGAAUCUGGUGUUCAGCGGAUCCGCAGAUACAAACAUUUGCGUGUGGAGGAGGGAGGACCGGAAUCAUCUCUGCCUCUCCAUAUUGAGCGGCCACAGCGGGCCGGUGAAGUGCUUGGCCGUCGAGACCAAGGAUUCCCCGCUAACCCACUAUGUGGUGUACAGUGGAAGCCUCGACAAGUCGGUCAAGAUGUGGAGGGUUUCGGGGCAGGACCCGAACGGCACUGUGCCAUCGCAAACUAGUCGAGCCGCGCCUCAAAGGGGAAAUUUGUGA